CUUGCAUGCCAUUGCUAAGCUGUCUUUAGUUUCUCAAGUUUGACAUGGAGUAUAAAGCACUAAAACAGGAUGUUAACAAAGGAGCAAAAGACAAAAAUGGACAGACUAUACUGGUUCGUGAGUUUGAACCUUUUGACAAACCAGAAGUGCAGAGGAUUUUUUCUGAAGGUCUGAUGGAGAUGAUACCAGACACAGCCUUUAGAGGUUUGAGACAUCACCCAGAGAGUCUUCUGCUUUAUGCUGCAAUGACAGUUAUAUGUUUCGCCAUCACCAUGUGUUGGUGGGUGAUAGGACUCCUCCCAACAGCUGUGGUGUGUAUGCGCUACUUCUACAGCAGACGUGUGAUCCAUGGCUACCUGAGGCUAGCCUUGAGCAGAGACAUGGAAGACAUCGAGGGAUUUUACAUGAAAUCAUCAGGCUCUUGUUUGUGGGUAGCGGUGCUGCAGGGUAAAGUGGUGGGUGUUGUAGCAGCGGUCGGCCGGUCAGAGAGCACUGUGGAGCUGCAGCGGAUGUGCGUUGACCAGCGCCAUCGGCGGUCUAGAGUUGGUUUUGCACUGGGACAGAAGGUUUUGGAGUUUGCUGUCGCUCACAGAUACUCGUCUGUUGUUUUGGGGACCACAGCAUACACACCAGCUGCACAUCAGCUCUACCAACGUCUGGGUUUUCACUGUGUGGGGGUCACCAAUGGCUACAUUACACCUGGUGCGAGGCAGUCCUUACUGGAACAAAUUUUCUACAGGGUGCGACAUCAUCACUACAGCCUUAAUGUUAGAAACAGUAAAAACACUUCAAACGAACAUCACUGACUUUACUGACGGUGCAGAUGAUUAGUCUAAAUUUGAUCUUUUUAGCACGUUGAAACAUAUCUUAAUUAAAAACUUUGUGUUGCAAAAGUUAGUGAAUCCCAAAGUGUGGAGGCAGCUGAAGAUGUGAAAAGACACAGAGCUUAGUUCAUGUCAGCUGUGGUUGUACAUGAGAAUACAGUGUGUGCAGAAUUAUUAGGCAAAUGAGUAUUUUGACCACAUCAUCCUCUUUAUGCAUGUUGUUCUACUCCAACCGGUACA